AAUUGUUGUAUGUUAAAAUGCCUGUCGCUGUAAAUCUCAUCCCGAACCGUAUCUCAGGGAUGAUUAUGUCAAGGAAGUCAGCAACAGCUGGUCAGAAGAGGCUUCCUGAGGCUUCUGUUGUCUAAGAAGGAAUUAUUAGCUGCCUUUGUCGAUCUUCACUUGAUUAAUCGAUACCCUAUGACAAUGAUCAAGUUCAUGACCUCAAUUGUGUGUGUGUGUGGCUUAGGCACAGCUAAUUGCAUCCUCGCCACCUUGACAUAGACAUCAUAAUUCAUUUUAAUCACAUACUCCACACAAAAGAGAAACAAGAUCACAACAUCUUAUCGCCUGAUGUAAGGUGGAGAAAAGAACACACGCGGUUACGGCAGAUUAGCCCGCCAAGAAUCGACGCGACAUACUGUGGUGCGAUUCAUUAUCGCCACUGGGGGUACCGUCAUAUUUGCAUAAAAGUUCGAUUAAGGUCACCACACACACACACACGCAGGCUCAUGCCCAGCCAAAAAGCAGCUGUUGGCAAGAAUCUUGCAAAAAAGAGAUGACUCGGAAGAAGGCUCGAGGAUCGAGCCUGAUGUAGCUCGAUAAAGAAUGCGGCACAGUUUAGGCCGGUCUGCUCGCCGUGUCACACGUCACCUUUUGCGCAGAUCGGUGUUGCAGUUUUUGGUUGCAGUGCCCCCAGUUCUUGCCCCCACCCCCUCCCCCCGCUUGUUAGGCAACCGGUAAAACAACGAUAAACGCGCGCCGAGCGAAUAAUUGCCACCCGGAACGUGUUCUGUGAUAAGCGUGCGCCUCCUACCAGACUCCAACCGGUAACGAUCGCCCCGUCCCGAUCGGCAGGCGUAAUUUGGUAUAAAAGUGUUAAAAGAGAAAUUUUGCGCUUUUAGAAUGCUUGACGAGCUUCUCGUGACAGUUGGUGCGUGUGGCUGGUUUGGCGGUUCUUGGUGACACGGACAAGAAAAAUGCACCCUCAGUGAAGAUCACAUCAUCCGGCUCGCUCUCUCUCUCGCUCCAAAGUGAUGUUCAAAGACGCAUUGUUGCGGUGGUUAAGUGUGGUGAUUGUCUCGGGCACGAUCAUCAGUCUGCAGCUGGUGGCCGGUGCUGACUGGAACUUUCUCAAGUGUUUCGAGACGGUGAAGCGAUGUCCGAACCAGAAUGUAUCGUUUUAUCUCUACACGAGAGAAACGCAAGAGAAUCCCACCCAGCUGGACAUGUUCAACCCGCAGUCGAUCGUGUCUGCAAACUUUAUCAGAGGUCGUCCACUGAUAGUGCUCAUCCACGGCUACACCGGACACCGUGACUACGCUCCCAAUCCAACCAUCAGACCGGCGUACUUUGCCUACGAUGAGUUCAACAUUAUCUCCGUCGAUUACAAUCCACUCGCACUGGAGCCCUGCUAUCUGCAGGCGGUACGAAAUCUUCCCACGGUAGCGAACUGCACGGCCCAGCUGCUGGAUUUCAUCAUCGAGAGCGGGCUCAUCCCGCUGGACGAUAUCCACGUGGUGGGGUUCAGCCUUGGCGGGCAAACUUCCGGCAUGAUCGCCAACUAUCUGCGGGCCGGUCGGCUGAAGCGCAUCACGGGGCUCGAUCCGGCCAAACCGUUGUUUGUGUUCGCCUCGAACGAGUACAAGCUCGACCAGUCCGAUGCGGAGUUCGUGCAGGUGAUCCACACGGAUGUGUUCCAGCGCGGAAUUCUACACCCGAGUGGGCAUACGGACUUUUUCGUGAACGGAGGCGUCGUGCAGCCGGGUUGCGAUGCGAGCACCAUGAUGACGACGGGCGAGUGUAACCACAACCGGGCGCCCGAGUACUACGCGGAGUCGAUCGCGACGCAGGUGGGAUUCUACGGGUAUCGGUGUGCGCACUGGUACCUGUACAUGCUCGGUAUCUGCCGUGCCGGUGGGUCCGACGAACAGGUCGCCAUUAUGGGAGCGCACACUCCCAACACAACUCGAGGCCUCUACUUCCUGACCGUUAACAUGAUGCCGCCUUACGCAAGAGGAAGAAAUUUCUCCUUACGCGAGGAGCUGGCGGCCAUAUCGGCUAACAUUGGCAACUAGCGGCAUCAGCCGGCCAAAACCAACCAAGCAGAGUAGCACCAACCGGACGGGACCCAGGACCAACACCAAACAGAAGGGACAGAAAUAUAAUACGCACUAAAUCGCAAA